GCGGUGGAGAAGGGCAGUCCCAGUCUGGCGCUGACGUCACGGCCCGUCUGGCUGCCUGGGGUUGGAUCCAGCUGUAAGGCAAUCUCCUUGGACUUGAGGAGGGGGAAGGAGGACGGAGCCGGGGAGUUUACUGACUGCUCUCCUUCCUUCCUUCCAGCAGCCCAGACUGGGGCAAGCGGGGACUAUCCAGAGCCUGGCACCCUACAACUACCACCCCCACCUUCCUUACAGCAGCCAGGCACUGGGGCAAGCGGGGACUAAUCCGGAGCCUGGCACCCAACAACUACCACCCCCAACUUCCUCUCUGGCACUGGGGCAAAGCGGGACUAAUCCAGAGCCUGGCACCCAACAACUACCAGCUUCAUACAACUACCACCCCCACCUUCCUUCCUUCCUCCAGCCUGGGGCAAGCGGGGACUAAUCCGGAGCCUGGCACCCAACAACUGCCAGCUUCAUACAACUACCACCCCCACCUUCCUUCCUCCAGCCUGGGGCAAGCGGGGACUAAUCCGGAGCCUGGCACCCAACAACUGCCAGCUUCAUACAACUACCACCCCCACCCUCCUCCCUCCAGGCACUGGGGCAAGCGGGGACUAAUCCAGAGCCUGGCACCCGACCACUACCACCCCCAACAUCCUCCAGCCUGGGACUGAUACCAAGUAACUCUUCUUCCUCCUCCAGCACCGAUCUCCCGGCCAUGCCCCCCCACACCGUGCCCUGUACCCGUCACUGACCCCCCGGAGCCCCCCCUCCCUCCAUGUACAGCUUGAUGGGUCUGAACGGUACCGGCGCCCCCACCCACUCCAAUGUCUCCUGUACCUGCAACUGCAAGAGGUCUUUAUUCCAGAGCAUGGAGAUCACGGAGCUGGAGUUCGUUCAGAUAAUCAUCAUUGUGGUGGUCAUGAUGGUUAUGGUCGUGGUAAUAACGUGUCUCCUAAAUCACUACAAGCUUUCGGCGCGAUCGUUCAUUCACCGACACAGCCAAGGGAGGAGGCGAGAAGAGAACCUGUCAUCGGAAGGAAGCCUGUGGCCUUCGGACAGCACAGUUUCAGGAAACGGCGUAGCAGAGCACAUAUACACGCCCAGACCCUCGGACAGACUCAGCAUCCCACCCUUCCUCCAGCGAGAUCGCUUCAGCCGUUUCCAGCCCACCUACCCGUACAUACAGCACGAGAUCGACCUUCCGCCCACCAUCUCCCUAUCGGACGGCGAGGAGCCACCGCCUUACCAGGGGCCCUGUACCUUGCAGCUCCGCGACCCCGAGCAGCAGAUGGAACUGAACCGAGAAUCUGUGCGGGCUCCUCCCAACCGAACAAUCUUCGACAGUGACUUAAUCGACAGCUCCGUCUACGGGGGCCCCUGCCCGCCCAGCAGCAACUCCGGAGUGAGCGCCACUUCCUACGGCAGCAACGGCAGGAUGGAAGGCCCUCCCCCGACUUACAGCGAGGUCAUUGGUCACUACCCAGGAUCCUCUUUUUACCAGCACCAGCAGCAAAACAUGGGCACGCCCUCCAUAUUGGAACACAACAGACUACAUUUGCAAAGCAAUGGUCACGACAGCACAUCGACGAGGAGCAAAGACAAGGACAAGCAAAAAGGACAGCUGUUUUAGAGAAUUGAGAGAGAAAAAAAAAGACAGAACGUAAAAAAUAAGAGAAAAACAAUUCAAUAAACACUGCACUUCUAGCUGGUCCGUUUUUGUUGUCAGUUCGGCCCCUCAAUACCACUUUGUUGUGCGUUCGUCUGGCAACUUUUUUGGGCACCAGAAAAAAAUAUAUAAAAACAUUUGAAGGGGUAAAAAAGGGGGGGGAAGCCUUUUUUCCCUUUUUUGUUCUCUUGCUGUAUAAAUAUUUACCUGUUAUGUCUGGUUUGAAUGCACAAGCGAAAGAAGCUUGAAAAUGUUUAUAUGUUAACUAGGUCUUGAAAAAAAAUCCUUCAACUCCGUUGCUCUUUUUAUUUAAUUUUUUUUUUAUUUUAAUUUUUUUUGUAUUUUUUUUUUUUUACAGCAGAGCAGCGUAUGCUUAUUCCUAUAUACCCCCUCCCAACUUGUAUCUAUAUAUAUAUUAUUAUUUUUUUUUCUUAAAUAGCUCACUUAAUUAACAUUAAGGAAAACAAAUCCUGAAAUAUUUGCACAAAAAAAACUAUUUGUUUAAAAGUCUUGCAAUAUAUAUAUAUAUCUAUAAAAGAGAAAAAGUAUGAGUGAGGGGAAGUGUAUUUUUGUAUUCGAAAAAAGGGCCUAUACAUUUUUGAGAUGUUUGCGUCAGAAAUGGACAAAAAAAAGUUUUAAAGAGCAAACGGAUUUUUUUUUUUUGUUUUUGUUUUUUUGGGGGGGGGCAGGGUGGGAGGGUUUGUUUGAGUGCCAACUCAAAAAAGUGUGUUGUAUAAUGGCGAGAGAGAGAGAGAGAGAGAGGAAAAACAGCAGUUUUAGGAUUAUUUAUAUAAAUAUUUAAAUUUUGCACUAUUUUUUGAUAUGACUAUACCAGUGCUUGUGUUGGAAACAAUGUAUCGAGUCUACCACAAACAACCCAAAAUAGAAAAUGACAAACGAUUUAAAAAAAAAGGGAUCUGUGCAGCGCUGAUCAGUUAGGUUAAAAAGAUGACGAUGAUUUAAAAAUUUUUGUUUUUAUUUGAUUUUUUUUUUUUUUUUUGUAAUUGUUUGGCUGUCAUUGUCUUGGGUCGUAAUGAUGCAUUUUUUUUUAUAUAUGUUUUUUUUUUUUUCACCUGGUUUUCAAACUACAACUCGUUGACUUCUAUUUAAGUUUUCAGCAAAUGUUUUUGUUUCGCCCUGCCUUGAUUAAAUGGUUUUUUUUUUUUUGUUUUUACGCACUGCAUUUAAAUGAAACUGGUUACCUAUAGACACUUAAGGAAGCCAUUUUGCCAUUUUAUUAAAUACCACAAGAGAAAAAAAAAAAACCUUGCCAAAUUUUAGUGACGCCGCCACUUUAUACAUCUAUCCCCGCCCAUAUGGUGGCUACCUCCUCUGUCCAUAGGUAACUGACUUUUUUUUUUUUUUAAAGGGAACAACUACUUUGCAAAAGUUUUUGGUAUGGAAGUUUUAAUUUUGUGGCAGUCGGAGAAAAGAAUGUGCGCAAAAAAAAAUUGCAUUAAAAAUUAUCCCUUUUUUUUUUUUAAGACGACCCAUAAUGUACUGUUCAAACAUUCCCUAUGAGACCAGAAACCAGUAUUUAGGCCAAUUAUGAAUUUAAUUGGAAAUCUAAUAAAUUGCUUUGAGAUUAUUA